CAAUAUGGCCCUUAUUGUCGGUAAUUUUCCUUCGCUCUUUGUGAGUCUCUUGUAUCUUAUGGACUCUUUGUACAAGAAAAGAAAAGAAAAGAAAAGAAAAAAAAACUAAAAUAGUGAUUCUCCCCUCACUCAUGUAUGAUUUUUUUACUAUUUUACCCCCGACUUCCUGCAGUCUGACUUCUCCGAUCAACAUGUCCGAUCAACCCACCCCAACCGUACCCUAGCCCCACAACAACCCCCUGCAACCUCCAACCAUCUCCUGAACCUCAACAGCCCCCCUCAACAAACCCAACCCUGACCUACCAUCUCUACCGAUUCAACGCCAGCCAAUCCCCGCCCCUCUGAGCAAUCCCAGCACUGGUACCCUCUAUGCUCCAACGGUCUCUCUCUCUUUCUCUCGUAUCUUCUGAUUUUCUGAAAAUUCAAAGGAGUAGGGAAUUUAAAACGUCUUUUUCAGUUUUUCUAAAACCCUACUAAGAUUGGGAUACUUUCCUGUUGUUUUGAAGUUUUAGCUUAUCGUUUCAUCCAAAUCCAACUUCAAACAAGAAGGUGAAAAGAAAAGAAAAGAAAAAGGUGUUAAAGCUCCUAAGCCUUCUUCAUGGAAGAACCCGCGUCAGCACGCGCGACGACGUCCUUCCUAACUCCUGAUCUCCUCCCAAUCGAUCUCUUCAGUAUUGGUCUGAUUUCAUUUUGCUUUAAAUUUCGAGGAAGAGAAGACCCGGAGAAGUUGAACUCAAAGAAAGAAAGACGUGAAGAAGGAGGACCGAUGGUGAUGGUGAAGGUUGAAGCUGAGGAAGUGGUGGAGGAGGAUGUGUUGGUUCCUCCUUCGAUUUCUCUAUGGUUGAGAGAGGGAUCUACAUGUCUGGUUUGUCCAAUUUCAGUUUCCUCAAACCUAAAUCUUCAAUCAUUCACGUAAUAUCCCUUUUCUGUUUCUGUUCUUCAUUUUCAAUUCUUAGAGUAAAAGGUUGCGAUUAUGGGUUUUUAUUGAGUUUAAUUGGUUUUUCUACGGCUCAGGGGUCGGUUUGUUGUGGGGCGCCUGGUGGCUAUUGAGAUUCAGGAGAUGGGUGGGGAGAAGGCAGGGUAAAAUGGUCAAGAAACAUAUAUGGACACAUGGUUGAAUUGGAAUAUAAAAUGAACAGGGACCUUCCAUUUCGCGCCCAUUUCGCCUCUUCUUUCUACCCUCUGGUUCUUAAUUUGAAUUCAUCUACUUUGAUCAUUUUUCCAUUUUUCUUCUCCAAAACCACAUUCACCUCAAAAAAUUCAGAUGAAAACACUUUCGUAAACAAUGACUUUUUGUUAAAAAUAAAAUUAUAGUUUCUUACUGACAAUCGCGGAUUCCUCCGUCUCUUCGAGGUACCGUUUCUUCAUAUUUUUGAUAUAAUGGAGAUUUGGCUAUGCGUCUCGAUCGAAUUUAAUUUUAUCAACAUUCGAUUCCGUUUUUGAGUCUGUAUUUUGUUCUGAUCAUUGCCUCACCUUUAAUAUUGUGUCAUUCUCUGUCCCUCUCUGUAGUUUUAACGUUUCUUGAUCCGCUACAUUGAUUUUUGAUUCCUUCUUUCUAAUAAAGAAAAGAUUAUCCUAAUUCUGAUUAUAGAAUCCUGUAACUAACCCUUUUUUUCCAAUCCACGCUUUAGCAGCCCCACAUUUAUUGUUUUCUGGUUUUGUUUCAAAAUAUUUGAUGAUGGUCUUGUAUGAAUGUCGUUCCCAUUUUGAUUUGUUAGCAUUGCUUAAUUGAAAAUUGAAACCGUGGAGCAAUUUCUGUUUUGAGUUUGAGCUAGAGGGGGUAGAUUUAUGUGCAUUAUCUCAUCUGUCCUCGAAAGCAAUACCCACUUCAUUCUUUAAUUGCUGGAAGAGGCAACAUUUCUGUCUUAAUUCCAUUCAAUGUCUUUAUAUUUAGUAAACAUUUCCCCACCUUCAUCUGCGUCCAUGGGUCUCUUUUCCCGAUUGACUACAUGAGGGAUUACUAGAUCAAAUAUAUUACAAUGGGGGAUGAAGCCCAAGAAUCAGGAGAAAUCUCUGGAAUAGACUAUGAGAGGGAGGUGGUUGUUCCCGGAGGUGGGGGUGUAAGUGAAAGUGGAAGAGAAUUGCCAUCUGACCAUAUUGCAAAUGGUGAUGAGGCUGAGCUGGAAAAUGACCAGGUUUUGCAUGGAGUAAGUUCUAUGAGUACAGUAUCAGUUUCUGAAGAUUGGGGCAGAAGAGGGGACAGAGAGGACCAGUUUGAGCCAGUGUCUUUGAAAGACCAAGAGAGGAAUAUGCUGGAUUCUCAAGGCAAUAUGGAUUUUGUUCCAUCUUCUAAUUCAGAUAAUGUGAGUUGGUUGUCUGCAAAUGACAUGACCUCGGAACUUUACACUGGGAAAGCAGCAUUAGACACUUAUCUAGAUAUUGACAUGCAAGAUCAUCCUUGUGAGAGUCCUGAAUCUGAGAGAAGAGAUGCGUUUGGCCUCGAGCAAUUGUCUUCUGGAGCUAGUUUUGGUUCCUUCUCUGGUUUCUAUGGGGAAACUGGGUAUUCUUCACCUGUUGCAUCACCCACAAGAUUUCGGUCUAAACCUGUUAUGCCAAAUGUGUCCCCGGAACUCUUGCAUCUUGUGGAUUCUGCUAUCAUGGGGAAACCUGAAAGCUUGGAAAAACUGAAGGCUGUUGUAUGUGGUAAGGAGAGUUUUGGGAGAGGAGAAGAAAUUGAUUGUGUUGCCGUUUUAGUAGUAGACUCACUUAUUGCCACGAUGGGUGGUGUAGAAUGUUUUGAUGAUAAUGAAGACAACAACCCUCCUAGUGUGAUGCUGAAUUCCAGGGCUGCCAUUGUAGCAGGGGAGCUGAUUCCUUGGCUUCCUUGGGUAGGUGACUUUGCAGAUUUUGUGUCGCCUAGGACACGGAUGGUUAAAGGCUUGCUUGCAAUACUGAAGGCUUGCACAAGAAACAGAGCAAUGUGCUCCACAGCUGGUCUAUUGGGAGUUCUUUUGAAUUCAGCAGAGAAGAUAUUUGUUACGGAAGUUGGUUUGGCAGAGCAGAUGCGCUGGGAUAGUACACCUUUAUGCCACUGCAUCCAAUACUUAGCUGGACAUUCGUUAAAUGUAAUUGAUCUACAUAGGUGGCUUGGGGUAAUCACGAGAACACUUACCACAGUCUGGGCAGCUCAUUUGAUGCUUGCGUUGGAAAAGGCCUUCGGUGGAAAGGAAACAAGGGGUCCGGCUUGCACGUUUGAGUUUGAUGGUGAAAGUUCUGGCUUACUUGGUCCAGGAGAGAGCCAUUGGCCAUUCACCAAUGGUUUUGCAUUUGCAACAUGGAUCUAUAUAGAAUCAUUUGCAGAAACUCUUGAUACAGCACCAGCUGCUGCAAGUGCACUUUCUGCCCAAGGUACUGCACACAUGCCUAGGUUGUUUAGCUUUUUAUCUGCUGAUAAUCAAGGGGUGGAGGCAUAUUUUCAUGCACAGUUUUUGGUGGUAGAAAGUGGUAGUGGCAAGGGAAAGAAAGCUUCCCUGCAUUUCACUCACGCAUUCAAGCCGCAGUGCUGGUAUUUUAUUGGUCUGGAGCAUACUUGCAGGCAGGGGCUGCUUGGGAAACCAGAGAGUGAGCUGAGAUUGUAUAUUGAUGGAAAAUUGUAUGAGAGUCAUCCAUUUGAGUUCCCACGAAUUUCCAGGCCUCUUGCAUUUUGCUGCAUUGGUACAAAUCCGCCUCCAACAAUGGCUGGCUUGCAACAUCGCCGUCGUCAAUGUCCGUUAUUUGCUGAGAUGGGGCCUUUUUAUGUUUUUAAGGAGCCAGUUGGCCCAGAGAAGAUGUCUCGUUUGGCUUCUAGGGGAGGUGAUGUGCUGCCUUCUUUUGGUAAUGGGGCAGGGUUACCGUGGCUAGCAACCAAUAAACAGGCAAGGAGUUUGGCUGAAGGAAGUGCACUUUUGGAUGCAGAAAUUGGAGGAAGCUUGCACCUUCUUUGUCAUCCAAGUUUGCUCAGUGGGCGUUUCUGCCCAGAUUCUUCCCCUUCUGGCGCUGCAGGAACACACCAUAGGACUGCAGAGGUUCUUGGGCAAGUUCAUGUUGCUACACGAAUGCGUCCUGUGGAGUCCUUGUGGGCCAUGGGCUAUGGAGGACCCAUGUCUUUACUUCCACUCACAGUAGGCUAUGUUCAAAAUGAUACCUUGGAACCACAACAUGGGAAUUUUCCGUUGUCUUUAGCUACAGCUUCUCUUGCUGCUCCAAUUUUUAGAAUUAUUACUAUUGCCGUUCAACAUCCUGGAAAUAACGAGGAGUUAUGUUGGACAAGGGGGCCUGAGGUUUUGUCGAGAAUAUUAAAAUAUUUGCUGCAAACUUUGUCUUCUUUGGAUCUUGGAAAGCAAAAUGGGGUUAGAGAUGAGGAACUUGUGGCAGCAAUUGUCUCUCUAUGUCAAUCUCAGAAAAACAAUUAUGAUCUCAAGGUGCAGCUGUUUCAGACCUUGCUGUUGGAUCUGAAAAUAUGGAGCUUAUGCAACUAUGGAUUACGGAAGAAGCUACUCUCAUCACUUGCAGACAUGGUUUUCACUGAGUCAUCGGCAAUGCGAGAUGCAAAUGCCAUCCAGAUACUCCUUGAUGGAUGCCGUAGAUGCUAUUGGAUCAUUCGUGAAAAGGAUUCUGUUGAUACUUUUUCAUUGAAUGAGGCGCAACGUCCUGUUGGCGAAGUGAAUGCUUUGGUUGAUGAACUCUUGGUGGUUAUUGAACUCCUACUGGGAGCAGCACCUCCCUCUUUAGCUGUUCAAGAUGUCCAAUGUUUAAUUGGAUUUGUUAUUGACUGUCCACAACCUAAUCAGGUUGCCAGGGUGUUGCACCUGAUCUACAGAUUGGUGGUACAGCCAAAUAAAUCUAGAGCUCAGACAUUUGCAGAUUCAUUUAUAACAUGUGGAGGGGUAGAAACACUUCUUGUCCUCUUGCAAAGGGAAGCAAAAGCUGGUAACCAUUGUAUUUCAGAAGGUUCUAAGAUUAAGGAGGAUGGUAGUUUGCCACAUCAGGGUUCUGGACUUGAUACUGUUAUCGUAGGUUCUAAUAUUAAAGAGGAUGGUAGUUUGUCACAUCAGGGUUCUGGACUUGAUACUGGUAUGGUAGGGUCUAAGAUUAAGGAAGAUGUUAGUUUGUCGCAUCAGGGUUCUGGACUUAAUACUGGUAUGGUACAAGAAAAAAGUCACGAAGACAGUCUGGAAUCUCUAGAGGAAAAUGAAACAAUUUUACAUGAAGGUUUUGAGUCACAGUCCAUUGAUAGAAACUUUGGAAGAAUGGCGUCUGACACUGAGAACCUAUUUGUGAAGAAUCUUGCUGGUAUUAGUAUUUCAAUUAGUGCUGAGAGUGCUAGGAAUAAUGUUUAUAACAUUGACAAUGAUGAUGGAAUUGUUGUCAGGAUCAUCAAUCUGCUGGGUGCACUAAUAUCAUCUGGGCAUCUGAAAUUUGGUCCCCAUGAACCUCAAAAUAUUACUACUUACGUGAUGGGUAAUGGGUUGCAUGAUGGAGGUGGUACUAUGUUCAGUGACAAAGUUUCUCUUCUCCUUUUUGCUUUGCAAAAGGCUUUUCAAGCGGCACCUGAGAGGCUUAUGACUAGCAAUGUCUACAUGGCUUUAUUUGGCGCUUCGAUAAAUGCAUCUUCAACAGAUGAUGUGCUAAACCUUUAUGAUUCUGUUCAUCGUUUUGAACAUCUUCAAAUUUUGUUGGUUCUUCUCCGUUCACUACCAUAUGCUUCUAGGGCAUUCCAAAUUCAGGCAUUACAGGAUCUUCUGUUUUUGGCUUGCAGUCAUCCAGAAAACAGAAUCAGUCUUACAAAAAUGGAAGAAUGGCCAGAUUGGAUCUUGGAGGUUCUUAUUUCCAAUUGUGAGAUGGGUCCGACCAAAUGUUCAAAUGGUGCAAGCCUUGGUGACAUAGAGGACAUUGUACAUAAUUUCCUCAUAAUCAUGUUAGAGCAUUCAAUGCAAGAGAAGGAUGGCUGGAAGGAUAUUGAAGCUACAAUUCAUUGUGCAGAAUGGCUAUCUAUGGUUGGUGGAUCUAGCACAGGAGACCAUCGCAUCAGACGCGAAGAAUCACUGCCCAUAUUCAAGAGAAGGCUCUUGGGUGGCUUGCUGGAUUUCGCUGCUAGGGAACUUCGGGUUCAGACUCACGUUAUUUCAGCAGCAGCUGCUGGUGUUGCCAUUAAAGGAUUGCCACCGAAAGAUGCUAAAGCAGAAGCAGAUACUGCAGCUCAGCUUUCUGUAGCUUUGGCAGAGAAUGCAAUAGUUAUUCUAAUGCUUGUUGAAGAUCAUUUACGGUUGCAAAGUCAGCUAUUCAUUUCUUCGCACUCUGUUGAUACUCCUGUUUCACCCAGUUCAUCUGCUUUGACCAUUGGUAGUCGCUCAAAAUCAUUAGCCGGAACCGCUGGAGAAUCUUCUGAAGAUCUAGGAACUCAGAGAUCCUUAUCUAGCUACUCUGGUGGACUCUCUCUUGAUGUUCUUGCUUCUAUGGCUGAUGCAAAUGGUCAAAUUUCUGCAGCAGAGAUGGAAUGCCUCACUGUUGCUGCAUCAGCUGAACCCUAUGCAUCUGUUCGAUGUGCUUUUGCGUCAUAUGGGAGCUGUGCCUUGGAUAUAGCUGAAGGUUGGAAUUAUAGGAGCCGCCUGUGGUAUGGGGUUGGCCUUUCCUCAAAAAACAGAAUCUUAGGUGGUGGUGGUGGCAGUGGUUGGGAAUCUUGGAGUUCUGUCUUGGAAAAGGAUGCUAACGGAAACUGGAUUGAGCUUCCCCUUGUAAAGAAGUCAGUUACCAUGCUCGAAGCAUUGCUGUUAGAUGAAUCUGGACUUAGUGGAAGUGUCGGUAUUGGUGGAAAAUCUGGCACUGGAAUGGGAAGAAUGACAGCUCUUUACCAGUUGUUGGAUAGUGAUCAGCCAUUUUUAUGCAUGCUCCGGAUGGCACUUGUGUCAAUGCGGGAGGAAGAUGGCGGGGACGAUGGUUUGCUCAUGACAAAUGUAAGCAUUAGGGAUGAUGACAUAUCAGAACGUUUAAAUUGGCAAGCAGGCAAUGUGGUGCUGUCUGAAAGCAAUAGUUGUUUGCCAACAAGGAAACCACAAUCAGCAUUAUUGUGGAGCGUGCUUUCACCUGUCCUCAACAUGCCAAUUUCUGAGUCUCGGAGACAGAGGGUGUUGGUUGUUUCUUCUGUUCUUUAUUCUGAGGUGUGGCAUGCAGUUAGUAAGGACAAGAAACCUCUUCGUAAACAGUACAUGGAGGCCAUUUUACCACCUUAUGUUGCCAUUCUGAGGCGAUGGCGUCCCCUUUUGGCGGGAAUUCAUGAGCUUACUUCUCCUGAUGGUGUAAAUCCCCUCAUGGUUGAUGAUCGUGCUUUGGCAGCAGAUGCACUUCCGCUUGAGGCUGCUCUUUCCAUGAUAUCCCCAGGCUGGGCUGCUGCUUUUGCAUCUCCUCCUGCUGCAAUGGCAUUGGCGAUGAUUGCUGCGGGAGCCACUGGUGGUGAAGCUGUAACACCUGUAACAACUAAACAGCUUUUUAGGCGUGACACAUCGUUAAUAGAGCGUAAAACAGUUAGAAUUCACAAAUUCUCAAGCUUUCAAAAGCCUUUAGAGACACCUAACAUUAAAAAAACACCGGCUGUUCCCAAGGACAAAGCAGCUGCAAAGGCUGCUGCUUUGGCAGCUGCACGUGAUCUGGAGAGGAGAGCAAAAAUUGGUUCUGGAAGGGGUUUGAGUGCUGUAGCAAUGGCCACAUCAGCACAAAGGAGGAGUGUGAGUGAUAUGGAGCGUGUUAAGAGGUGGAAUAUGUAUGAAGCUAUGGGGACUGCCUGGAUGGAAUGCUUGCAGUCAGUUGGUACAAAAUCAGUUUCAGGGAAAGAUUUGAAUGCUCUAUUCUAUAAAUAUGUUGCAGUCCUUGUUACGAGUUUUGCUUUGGCAAGAAACAGGCAACGGUCAGAGAUUGACAGGCGUGUACAAGUUGAUGUAAUAGGUCGGCAUCGUCUGUCAACUGGAGCUCGUGCUUGGCGCAAACUCAUACAUUACUUGAUUGAGUUGAAAGGUCUUUUUGGACCUUUGGGAGAGCAUCUAUGUAAUCCAGAGCGUGUUUUCUGGAAAUUAGAUACCAUGGAAAGUUCUUCAAGGAUGAGAAUAUGUUUAAGAAGGAACUACAGAGGGUAUGAUCGUUUGGGUGCAGCUGCUAACUAUGAAGAGAAUCUCCGAUUGAAACAUAAUCAAGAGAAUGCCGUAUCAACUUCUACUACCUCUAUAUUGGUGGCAGAAGCAAUAUUAAUGGAGCAAGUAAAUGAGGAUCAUGAACACACAGAAACUGAUAAUUUGGAGUGUAGAACACAUGAUAGGGAACAGAGGGUGGACAAUCAGCAGAGUCCGUCUUCAACCUUUGAGCAACCUGUACAGAUUGCACUGGAAUCUGUUAAUGCUCAAGUUAGUGACCGAGAUUUAGUCCAAAAUAUGUCAGAUGUUGCACCUGGGUAUGUUCCUGGUGAACUUGAUGAAAGAAUUAUUCUCGAACUUUCUUCGUCGAUGGUAAGACCAUUGAGAGUAAUACGAGGAACGUUCCAAGUAACAACAAAAAGGAUAAACUUCACCGUGGAUGAUCAAACUGUGGAGGACAGUUUGAGUCCCAGUUCUGGGAGCAAGUAUCAUGAAAAAGAUUGGAGCUGGUUGAUGUCUUCUCUUCAUCAAAUUUUUAGCAGAAGAUAUCUUUUGAGAAGAAGUGCACUGGAAUUGUUUAUGGUUGACCGGACGAACUUCUUCAUUGAUUUUGGGAGUACUGAGGGGUGGAAGAUUGCUUAUCAAGCUAUUGUUCAAGCUCGACCUCCUUGUCUGAACAAUGUUUAUCUGGCAACACAGAGACCGGAGCAACUUCUCAAAAGAAGUCAGCUUAUGGAGCGUUGGGCUAAGUGGGAGAUUAGCAAUUUUGAAUAUCUAAUGCAGCUCAAUACACUGGCUGGGCGAAGCUAUAAUGACAUCACCCAGUAUCCUAUUUUCCCAUGGAUUCUUGCUGAUUACACGUCAAAGACUUUGGAUCUCUCAAAUCCUUCUUCAUUCCGAGACCUUUCAAAGCCCAUUGGUGCAUUGAAUGCUGACCGGUUAAAAAAAUUCCAACAGAGAUACUCCAGCUUUGAUGAUCCAGUCAUCCCCAAGUACCACUAUGGUUCACAUUACUCAAGUGCUGGAACUGUGUUAUAUUAUCUUUUUAGAGUGGAGCCAUUCACUACUCUCUCAAUUCAGCUUCAAGGUGGAAAAUUUGAUCAUGCAGACAGAAUGUUUUCUGAUAUUGCUGCUACUUGGGAUUGUGUUCUUGAGGACAUGAGUGAUGUCAAGGAAUUGGUUCCAGAGUUGUUUUACCUCCCUGAGGCUCUAACCAAUGUAAACUUCAUUGAUUUUGGUACAACGCAACUGGGAGGAAAGCUGGAUUCUGUCCAACUUCCUCCUUGGGCGGAAAACCCUGUUGACUUCAUUCAUAAGCAUCAGAUGGCCCUUGAGAGUGAGCAUGUCUCAGCACAUUUGCAUGAAUGGAUUGACCUAAUAUUUGGAUAUAAGCAACGAGGUAAAGAAGCUAUAUUGGCGGAUAAUGUGUUCUUCUACGUAACUUAUGAAGGGACAGUUGACAUCGAUAAAAUUACAGACCCAGCACAACAGCGUGCUACACAAGACCAGAUAGUAUACUUUGGACAAACUCCAUCCCAGCUUCUGACUGCGCCUCACUUGAAGAAGCAGCCACUGGCAGAUGUUCUUCACUUGCAGACCAUCUUCAGUAACCCAAGAGAAGUCAGACCAUAUAUUGUUCCAAAUCCUGAACGGUGCAAUGUUCCUGCAGCUGCUAUACAUGCAUCACCCGAAUCUGUCAUUAUUGUUGAUUUUAAUGCUCCAGCAGCUCAUGUUGCACUACACAAGUGGCAGCCAAAAGCUCCUGAUGGGCAGGGUACACCAUUCCUUUUUCAGCAUGGAAAAGCUGUUGCAAGCUCCAAUGGUGGAGCAUUCAUGCGCAUGUUCAAAGGGCCAGCCGGAUCUGGUUUUGAAGAAUGGCAGUUUCCCCAGGCAUUAGCAUUUGCAGCAUCAGGAAUCAGAAGCUCAGCUCUGGUUUCCAUAACAUGUGACGAAGAAAUCAUCACUGGUGGGCACGCAGACAACAGUGUCAAGUUAAUAUCAGCUGAUGGAGCCAGAACCAUUGAAACAGCCACAGGACAUUGUGCUCCUGUGACAUGCCUUGCUUUGUCUGCUGAUAGCAACUGCCUUGUAACUGGGUCUCGAGAUACGACUGUGAUACUCUGGAGGGUGCAUCGGGCUUCUGCAUCACAUUCAAGCAAUAUUUUAGACCCUACAACUUCAUCUGGCGCACCAACUUAUUCUAGUAGUGGUCAUCUAGCAAACAUCUUGGCAGACAGUAGUCAGAGACUGCGUAUCGAAGGCCCAAUACAUGUCCUCAGAGGCCAUCUUAGUGAAAUAACUUGCUGCUGUGUCAGUUCUGAUCUGGCAGUAGUUGCUUCAUGCUCCAACUCUUCGAAUGUGCUGCUUCAUUCUAUAGCAAAGGGCCGUUUGAUCACGAGACUGGUGGGUGUGGAGGCACAUUCUCUCUGCCUUUCAUCUCGAGGUGUCCUAAUGACUUGGAACAAAUCAGAGCAGAGGGUCAGCACCUUCACUGUCAAUGGGAUUCCGAUUGCCACAGCACAAUUGUCAUCUGGCCCUAUCAGCAUUAGUUGCAUGGAAGUCUCAGUUGAUGGAGAAAAUGCUCUGAUUGCAAUUAGUUCAUGUUUGGAUAAUGAUGGGACCAAUAAUACCAGCAGAAAUGUGGAAUCCAAUGAGAAUGAGGCUGAAGGUAUUGACCUAGGAGUGAAUAGGAAGAGCCCUAACAACAGGCUGACUGUUCCGGUGCCUUCAAUUUAUUUCCUGGAUCUGCACUCACUUAAGGUAUUUCAUACAUUGAAGUUAGGAGAAGGGCAGGAUAUUACCGCUAUGGCUCUAAACAAGGAUAACACAAACCUUUUGGUGUCAACAGCAGAUAAAAAGUUGAUAGUCUUCACUUAUCCAGCUUUGGCUACAUUCUGUGCUUGCAGUUGGGUGGAAGUGGUGGAUCAAAUGCUUAAGCUUGGUUGGGAAGGAGACGUGCUCAGCCCCCUUAUAAAAUAAGAUUUCCAACCAUAGGAUCCUGAUUUGUGUGAAGAAGGAAGAUGAGAUUACUCUGAAAACCUGCAGCACAUUCAGAACUUGUUUGGAAACUAAGCUACUGCUUUGAGGAUGUAACAUACGUAUACAUCAAGUGGAUGGACUCUUGUGACAUAUAUGGCUUGUAACUCGAACAGGGUUGUCCACUGUUUUUUGACUAAAUUGUGGGUUAAGUUGUUACAAUGUGAGAUGAUGUUUAGGCCUUUCGCUGUUGAUGGGAUUGUAGUUUUUUGUUGUACCUCUUCCAGUUGCAUUAGACUUUUAAAUGACAGUUAAUACUUCAUACUA